GGCGCCAAGGCUGGCAUGGCGGCGCCGCGGCCCUGCGCCGAUAGCCCGUGCUGCUCUCAUCCGGGUGUGGCGUCCGGCGUGCAACAGACGCUGGAGGAGAUGGACUUCGACAGGGGAAUCUGGUCAGCAGCCCUGAAUGGAGACCUAGGUCGAGUGAAAUAUUUAAUCCAGAAGGCAACAGACCCUAGCCAGCCUGACUCAGCUGGCUACACUGCUCUGCACUAUGCCAGCCGCAACGGGCACUAUGCUGUAUGCCAGUUCCUGCUGGAAAGUGGGGCUAAGUGUGAUGCCCAAACCCAUGGGGGCGCCACUGCUCUGCACCGGGCAAGCUACUGUGGGCACACUGAAAUUGCACGGCUCCUGCUGUCUCAUGGGUCCAACCCCAGGUUGGUAGAUGACGAUGGCAUGACCAGUUUGCAUAAGGCUGCUGAGAAGGGUCACGUGGACAUUUGCUGUCUCCUGUUGCAACACAGCCCAGCCCUGAAAGCUGUCCGGGAUCGGAAGGCACGACUGGCAUGUGACCUGCUGCCCUGCGACAGUGACCUACGGGACCUGCUGGCCAGCUGAACUGCCACCCUUCUGCUGUCUUAGGCUGCCAUGCAAGGGUACACAGACUAGCCCUCCCAGCCCUUGCCUUGGUCAGCAUCCAUGCUGCAGGGUGGGAAACUGAGGCCUGAAGAGCCCCAUUCUGGCCACUGUGGAAGUGAGGGAGUAGAUCUCGUGGGGCUGUAAGUGCUUACGCCUGGACAGAUGAUCAUAUUCUAAAUUAGUUCAUGUGGAAACAUCUAUCCCUUGGAAAAAAUAAAGUUGUAUCCUUACCUCA